AUGAGAGGUCGUCAAGUAUGUAAGUAAAUGCGCCGGUCCUCACUUUACUGUGCGCUCGCUUUGCGUGCUGACCAGUCACUUCUCCAUCGGCCCUUGAAGAAUGGACAUGUUUCCUUGCGGUCACAUCGGGUGACUGGCUCUAGAGGCCCGGGCCCGUCAAAAAGCAAGAAGACCGAUCAAAACCCUAACAGAAGCCAACAGACCAUCCACAAGAGGGACCUUGGCAACGGUCGAAACCAAGAGCAACUAGACGAGGAUCAGGGACAGGACGAAGAAGAAGUCGAGGAGUUGGAACGCUUUGAUAGGAAUUGA